CCUAAGACUCUUCUCUCAGAGUCAAACUAUAUACUCCUCCAUAGACAAACACGUAGCCAAAGCUCUGAAUCCAAACCCAGAACACAAAAUAACCCAGAUGGCGGAAGAGAAGGCCGUUAAUGGCGAUUGUGGUGAUGAUGGUGCUCCAGAAGAGGAGGAGAAGAAGAAUGGUAUUGCCAAUGGUGAUGGUGGUGCUCCACCAGAGAAGGAGAAGAAGAAGAAGAAUACAGAUCCACAGUUGUUGAUCUGCUUGCUUCAGCCUGCUCCCGCCGACUCCGAUCCCGACUACAUUGGCAUUCGUCGCCUUCUUCUCUCUCGCAAGCCCCAGUCUCCAUUUCAACGCCGCCUUGAUUGGAGAUGCAAUGGAAAAGGGUACGUUGCGUUUCGAAAUUACAUCCGGAGGCCGAGGAAUUGGGAAAAUAUGCAAACUCCGAGCCUCCAAACCACUCCCGGAAACAGUGGGCGAUGGAUUCCACCUCCAAGUCCACGGUCUCUUUUGUAUGAAGUCGAAAGCUGGAGCCCUGGCAGGGACGUCCAAAGUGGCAGUCAACCUUCGCCUCGCAGAAGUUUUGGCUCAAGUACUAGUGAUAAUGACCGCCCACGUAAUCGGCGGGCUGAACCUGCAUACUCGUUUGUAGGAAUGCAUUGCAUCUUUGAUCAGUGCAAAGCCUCUGUUACGGUUUUGAAGUUUGGGCACAUGAGUUCUGAUCUGCUUGCAUAUGGAGCAUCAGAUGGAACCUUGACAGUAUGCACUGUCUCUGAUCCACCAUCAGUCCUCAAGCAUCUGCAUGGUCACUCCAAAGAUGUUACAGACUUUGAUUUCUCAUCAAACAAUCAGUACAUUGCAUCCUCAUCAAUGGAUAAAACUGUGCGAGUAUGGGAGAUUUCAAAAGGCCUUUGCAUUCGAGUAAUAUAUGGAGUUUCUUCGCAACUGUGUAUUCGUUUUCACCCUGUAAAUAACAACUUCCUUUCAGUUGGCAACGCAGACAAAGAAGUUACGGUUUUCAAUUUCAGCACAGGGAGGAUCAUUCAUAAAAUAUUUUUUGACAGUGAGGUUACUUCCAUGGACUAUGCUCACACUGGACAGCUCAUGUUCUGUGGGGAUGCGAUGGGGUGUAUCUAUUCAGUAAGUAUGAAUUCUCACACAGGAGUAUUAUCCCGCUCUCAUCGCCAUCGAAGUAGCAUCAGGCGCAAAUCUCCAGUCACAACUGUGCAGUACCGAAGUUUUUCUCUGUUGGCUCGGGGCCCUGUGUUGCUGACGUGUACUCAAGAUGGAAGUUUGUCUUUCUUCAGUGUUGCUCUGGAAAUACAGGGUUAUUUGACUCUCCGCUGCUCGCUCAAAUUAAAUCCACGGAUAUACAGCAUCCGGGCUUCUUUCUGCCCUCUGCUUUCCCUUGAAAAAGGAGAAUAUAUAGUUGCCGGAAGUGAGGAUUCAAAUGUGUACUUCUAUGAUUUAACUCGGCCAAAGCAUACAUGUGUAAACAAGCUACAGGGUCAUCGAUUUCCAGUUAUCGGUGUUGCUUGGAACCAUGGAGAGAACUUGUUAGCAUCAUCCGAUUUCUAUGGUACGGUUAUUGUAUGGAAGAGAUCAAAGACAGGCUAAAACAAACAUAUACAGCGAGAUACAAGUUUCAGUUCACACGUGCAGACUGCUUAAUUCUUCCAUUUUUUUCGCCCCGAAAUUAUUUCUCCCUAGAAAGUCUCGUAUACUGUAUUAUAAACUGUACCAAGCAGAUAAGAAUAGGGUGACAUUACUUGUAUAAGUGUUUGUAUCCAUUGCCAAUUUUAUAUAAAGUCACCAAAUUUUUUGAA